AUGGAAAAGGAUGUGUCGGAUGACAUUGGUGUACGACGUUUAAGCAUCAGUGACGUCAAGCCUCGGGAGAUGGCUAGCCGUGCCAUGUUCAUGUAUCCUGACCUUGACAAGUCAGCCGUGCGCGCUCUCAAGGUAGAGGAGAGGAUACUGGAACUGAAGGUCAUCAACAUUGACGUCGCCAAGAGAAGUGUGGCAUUAGAUUUACGAAAAUCUCAAAACGAAAUGAAAAAGCGGCUAAGAAAAUAUAGGGAUAGACAGAGGGAUAUAUCGAAAACGAAAACCACUACAGAGCCAAAAGAUCAAACCAUCGAGGACUUCAUGGCAAACAAUACUCAGCACAGGGCGUUCACCAGGAGUGCAAUGCGCCCAAAAACUAGUCCGGCGGUGUUGACAUCCAAACCAUCUGGUAAUCGUGGCGGGAGACAAUCUGUUUCUCAGGAGGAGGAGUUUGAGGUAGAUCCCUCAUUUUUCACGGACCAGCAUCGCUCAAAAAUCGACCUCCGGCCAAGCACGGCGCGAGUGUUUAAUGGCGACAAAGCCGCUCUUCGGAAGCUAGCUCGACUUGGUAGUCUCGGAAGACGCGAUGAGCAAGUAAGAUAUUUUGACGAUGAUGAGCUUCAGGAUCGAGAAUCGUUUUACAGUCAAAUGGUUGAGUGGAGAAAAAGUAAAGAGAUUAAUAAUUUUGAGUCUCUUGACCAUAAAGUUGGAAGUUUCUGUGAACAGAACGAAGACGAAAUCAAAAGGCGAUUACAGCGAAAUUCAUGUCUUCGUCAAAGUAAUCAUUCUGUGAUGGAGUUUCGACGAAUCAAACAACGCGAGCAGAAUGAAGCUCUCCGAGCCACAACACCGUCCUCUCGACCGAACUCGUCGGGAGGUAAGACUGGUGUGGACAAACCAAAACCCGUUGUAGAAAUUGUAUCUAGAGACACACACGGCGUGAUUCCUCGGGAGAAGGGCACGUCAUAG